GGCCAAUGGGGAGGCGGAGCGGCAGGUAUGAGAUGGCGGCGGGAGCAUCGGCGCCCGGCGGCAGAGAUGCCAUCUGCAAUUUUGUCAUUUGCAAUGACUCCUCCCUCCGCAGCCAGCCGAUCAUCUUCAAUCCUGACUUCUUUGUGGAAAAGCUGCGCCAUGAAAAACCAGAGGUGUUCACAGAGCUGGUAGUCAGCAACAUUACCAGGCUCAUUGACUUGCCUGGGGCAGAGCUGGCCCAGCUAAUGGGAGAGGAGGACCCAAAGCUGCCUGGGGCAAACAGCUCAGCCUCUGGAUUUUUUCGUUCUCUGAUGUCUCUGAAGCGCAAGGAGAAAGGGGUGGUGUUUGGCUCACCGCUGACAGAAGAAGGCAUUGCACAGGUCUCCCAGCUAAUCGAGUAUCUGCACAAAAAUCUAAGAGCAGAAGGCUUGUUUCGGGUGCCAGGCAACAGCAUCAGGCAACAGAUCCUAAAGGAUGCUCUAAACAGUGGUACAGAUAUUGACCUGGACUCUGGGGAAUUUCAUUCCAAUGAUGUGGCCACCCUGCUUAAGAUGUUCCUGGGUGAAUUACCAGAGCCCCUGCUGACACACAAGCACUUCCAUGCCCACCUCAAAAUUGCAGACUUGAUGCUGUUUGAUGAGAAGGGGAAUAAGACCAGCACUCCAGACAAAGAGCGCCAAAUUGAAGCCCUCCAGCUGCUGUUUUUGAUCCUUCCUGCGCCCAACCGCAGUCUGCUCAAACUGCUGCUGGACUUGCUCUACCAGACCGCCAAGAAGCAGGACAAGAACAAGAUGUCUGCCCACAAUCUUGCCCUCAUGUUUGCACCCCACAUCCUAUGGCCCAGAAAUGUGACAGCAAAUGACCUUCAGGAGAAUAUCACAAAGCUAAACAAUGGAGUGACCUUCAUGAUCAAACACUCUCAGAAACUCUUCAAGGCUCCAGCAUACAUACGGGAAUGUGCCAGGCUGCACUAUCUGGGAUCCAGAGCACAUACAUCAAAGGACGACCUGGAUUUGCUGACGUCUCCUAGCUCCAAGGAGCUGCAGCCCCUCAAGUCUCAGAAGCGAAGCCGGCUGGACACUUGCCAUCAGGAGGAGACCCAGCAGCGCACGGAGGAGGCACUGAAGGAGCUCUUCCGCCAUGUCCACAAUAUGCCUGACUCUGCAAAGAAGAAGAAGCUUAUCCGGCAGUUUAAUAAGCAUCCUACAGCUCUCACUCCUGGCUCUGAUGUACCUACAUCCCCAGCACCGCGACGCACUCGCUCACGCUCUUUCAGCGGCCUCAUUAAGCAUUCAACUGCUUACCAGCAAUGCAUCCUGCUCCUUCCCUUUCUUUUCCUCUUUGCGCUCUACGCACUAGCCAACAGCCCUCUCUUCUUACGGCAGCGGAAGGUCUUGGGAACCCCAGUUAUCCUGGAGAGGAAGAGCAGGGAUGCCACACCGGAGCCUGAGCGAGUCAGCAAAGAGAAUGUCCACCUGUUACAGAAAUGUGGAUCUCCAGCUCACAUGUCCCAGGCGAAGCUGAAAUCUUUGGAGGGCCGUAAAGAGGAAUCCUGUAGACGCAUGCGAGCCCACCUGCUUUCCAAGGAUUCGUCAUCCCUCUGAAUCGCCUCGCGACAACGCAUGGGUGGGGAAUGCCCAGCCUCGCAAGCUGUGAAUAAUGUGCUGCACUGAGAGGGGAGUGCUGGGGGCUCAUGGCAACCCUCACCAACAUGGCAGCGCUUUUGAAACUGGACCUUUGCAAAGACUGCAGGGACUUGUUUCUUUCUGUAUAUAAAUUAAGUUUCAUUCUACUAUGGGGCAAACCACUAUCUAACCAAAAUGUGUGCAGCAUGUCUGACCUGCUGGCUCUGGGAAGAGCUGGAGUGCUUGCUUACAAGGAGAGCCCUUUGCAUUACAGUGCCAUUUGCACUCCCAGCUUUCUCUGCAAGGUUGCUAGGUUGUAUUUUUUGGCUUUUCUGCUCUGAGUUUUUAACACAUUGGCUUGUUUUUGCUCCCUCCCCUCUGUUAGCGGUGAGAACGACGGACUCCAACCUUCACCCACAUCCUGACAGCUAACCUCACCUCCAGGCCCCCUCUAGAGCCAUGCCCUCCUCUGCUUCCUCUGGGCUCCAUUUUGCCCUGCUGUCCCCAAAGGGCUGGAGUGCACAAACGGUACAGAGCACGGGAGGAGCCUGGGAGAAGAGGAGAGGGUUUGGGUGCCAUCAUUUUUGGGUGCCAUCAUGUCAAGUUGGGCCCGAGGAAAACAACUUCCCCAGUAAACUCAUGGCUUUGUUUCAACUAGAGCUGGAGGCAGUCCUUGCUCGCUGCCUUCGUGUUUCCAUGGCACAGCUCUGCCUGGUGAGCAAAGAGUGUCUCUGGUUUGUGUUCACCCAGGGAUGCUAAGCUGAGCGGGGCAGGAGGCUGGCAAAGGCUGUCUGGGGCAGGACAGCUCAGCCUUUGGAAGCUGGAGCGCCUGGAGCAGACAGGCUCGUGGCUGUGUGUGCCGCAUAGGAACAGCGUGAGCAGCAUGAGAGGCGAGAGACAGCUCUGGCCAUUUGUGAUCUGCUGCAAAUGGUGCCAAAGGCUGUGGCUUAAGAUAUCUGUAUGGCUGGUCAGGCAACUGCCUGAUUAAUCAUUAAAAUGGGGGAAAGGGCUGGAGCUGGGUUCAGCUCUUUGGCCUGAGCUGCAGAAAUGAGAUGAAACCAUCUAGAUACGGGAUAAACCUUCAUCACAGCUGGCCAGUGUCAGCUGUCUUGUUAAGCUAAAGUGCUGCAAUAAGCCAAUCUUGCCAAGUACCUGUCUGCAAGCACUCCAGGGUGGGAAACACACAGGGUCACUACUGUGAAAUAAAGAUUUAAUCAGCUGGGGAGCCAUCUAAACACUUCUCAGCCCUUCUCAGCGAAGCAAAUAAUCUCUGGAAUCCAAUUAUAAUUGUCUUCUAAUCUUUAAGAACCAGCAGCUGGCAGGAGUUAGAGCUCUGUCCUUGACAGCUUUUUGAGACAACUGGUGGCAGGAGGUGUGAAUAUUGGGUUGUGAGCAGGGAGUUCAGUCCGACUGGCUAGAGCUGUCAAAGCAGGGCAUCGGAGCCCUGUGCAGCUUAACUGGGAUUUGACACUUUUUUUGCUGUGAUUUUUUUUUUUUUUUAGAUACAAAGCUAUGUGCCUCAUGCUGCUCUGUCUAAAGGGAUGUUCCUGGUACUUUAUCGUGGGUGCCUGUCCCCAGUCUGACCCCAAAUUGAAGGAGCUGCCUUGAAAAUGUAGGGGGUAGUGGGACUGUAGAUGUGUGAGUUGGGAGUUGCUGGUGUUAGGAGCCUCUGUCGCAGCAAAGAGCGAGCUCUGGCUCUUCAGGGACCGGGCAGGCGAGGAUGCUGUGAGGAAGGGCAGAGGUUGUUUGCUGUGGUAGUAGUAUGUGCUUUUUGGAUGUGUCUGUAAUCGUUCCCUCCGGAGGCUGAAGCUAAGUGCUCUUCUCCGAAGGGCACAGCGUGUUUUGCUGACUGCACUUCUACCCUGCCCCUGCAGUCCACUGUCAGCGGAGACCUGGGGAUCUCGGCUUUGCCUCUGCAGAGAGAUGAGGCAGAGCCGAAGGUCGAGCGGCAGCACACGGGGAGCUGGGGCUGGUCCUGCUGCCUCUGCUCUUACUUGCAUUGCGGCGGUUGUUGGGUGAAGCACUUGUUCAUCCCAUCCCUCCUCUCCCCGUUGCCCCAUGCUUACUUGCGUAUGUGUGUCUGUAUUGGUGUCUGCUUGGCAAGGCAAUCUUGUUCCUAAGCCUAAAUACACUGCUCCCCUAUAGAUGAGAGGAAAGUAACUCUUCUUCCCGCUGUGCCCCCUUACUGAUGGCUCUAGCUCAGGGACUGUCUGGUUUCUGGCACAGCCGAGAUUUGCUUAGCUCUAAGAAAAAAUAUCUAUGGGGCAUCAGCCCAGCGUUCUGCAUUCAGAUGCCUUCCCUGCCAAAGGGUACAGUCUCCAGAUGGGGUAGUCCCAGGAGGGGUUCAGUGCCCUGGGCUGUCCUCCCUAUGCUGAGGAUGGUGGUGGCUAGCAGAUUUGGCUUCUAGGACCCUUGGCUUUUGCAGUCCCAACAUGUUCACACUAUCUCACAGGAGAGGGGGAGUUUUAGUCAUGCUUGGAUGUGUCUCAUUUGUCUGCCCUGUGCAAUGACUCACAAGGAUGCUUCCUCCCAGAGCAGCCACUAACUGUUCCCAGAGUCUGUCAUUUCCAAAGUAUUUUUAAUCUUUGUCCUUAUUUAUAUAUGCUAUGUAUGUACUGUUUCAGACUGUUGCCUUUCUGUGUGUUCAUGUGAAA